AUGAUUAACGAUGAAGAAAGAGAAAAUUCAGCAGAAACAAUUCUGGAACAACAUUAUGAAUCUACAUUUAAGAAUUUUGUAAUUUUUGCCAAGGAUGGAAUUCAAGAAACACUCUAUUAUGCAUGGAAUUUAACAAAGAUGGAAUCAAUUUAUUUAAUUGAAGUUGAUGAAACUUUAGGUGAUGUAAGACCUCCAACUGCAGUCUGUGAUAAUUUAUUAGAAUUUUUACAAAAUGCAUGUUUAGGAAAUUAUAUUCAUGAUGAAAAUUUACACUCUACCAAAUACUUGAAAGAUCAUGAGGAUGAGGACGAUGAUGAUGAAUCUCCACUUGUUGAAAAUGUAUUUAUUCCAAGUCUUGCAUUAAAAACCUCCGAUUAA